AUGGAUACUAACAAACCAUACAUAAAUCUUACUUCUGAUAAUCUGAAUAUACACUUGGAUGAUGGUAAAUCAGUGACUUUUACGGCUUUUGUUGAUGCAUGCCCAAUACCAACUUUGGAGUGGACUCACCCUCGAGGUUAUAAAAUUCGUCCCUACUUAAUGGACGUAAGAAUGUCCGAGUAUGGAACGAUGAGCCGAUUGACUCUAUUAAACAUCAAUAAAGAUGACGCGGGAACAUUUUCGCUUACAGCUAAACAUGAUAAAAUAGUAAAGGAGUUGAAAUUUCAUCUUGACGUUAAUGGUAAGCCAACGGUCAAGUUUGACAAAACUUACCUUAAAUCUUACUACAGUUUUAAUAAAACUGCCAAGUUUGUUUGCCUUGUCGAUCGUCAUCCUAAGUCAAAUAUAUCCUGGACAAAAAUUAACUAUUGGACGAAAACGUUGAUACUUGACGGUACAAUACAUAACUUACAGGGAAUAGAAACAGAUGUGCAAAAUAGCAAUUUCAAACAAAAGUCAACGGUAGAACUGAAACAGCUAGUAACAUCUGGUGUUAUAACAUGCAAGGCUUGCAAUAGCUAUGGAUGUACCUCUGCGUCAAAGGAAAUUCGCAUGACAGAUGGGGUAGCUAAUGCAUCUUUUGGAAUCAUACAACCAAAUAGAAGUUUUCAGAAAGGUGACAAUAUUUCUUUAAUAUGUGCUGCUGUAAUUAAUGAUUUUUCCAUCGUCGAGUGGUAUGAUAAUAAUGGUCAGGUGAUAGUGGAUUCCGAAAGAAAACACGUUACAUCGAAGGUAACUGAAUUUACUUACCAAGCCAUUCUCACAAUCAAUAACGCCAGUGAAUCAGAUAGAACGAAGUUUUAUUGCAAAGGAACGGAAAGAUACUACGGAUAUGUUGGAUAUCCUUCGCGCAAAAUACUUACAGAGUCAUACUUUCUUAACAUCAAUGAUCCACCUUCUUUUACCCUUGUAAAUUUGAAUGCUACAGAGAGAACAGUAAUGGCAAGAGAUUUUGAAAAUCCCCUGACAUUAUUAUGCCAUGUUGGAGGGAUUCCAACCCCUAACAUUACGUGGUCGAAAAACAAUGUACCUCUGAAGAUGUCAUCACAGUACACUUUCGAGGACAACUAUCAAAAAUUAACUAUAAGAUAUUUUUUUGAAAAAGAUUCUGGUAAUUAUUCAUGCCAUGCUCAGAACGAUUACGGAACAGUGGAAAAAUCCCAAAUUAUUGUCGUGAAAGAAUCUAGUCUUACCCCGUUUACGGAAGGAGAACUUGAUUUGAUGAAUCCAGAACUUACAGUAGAUGAGCAGGCAGAACUCCUUCCGUACGAUAUAAGGUGGGAGUUUCCCAGAGAAAAAAUAAAAUUAGAUGAAAAAUUAGGAAGUGGAGCUUUUGGAGUUGUGUAUAAAGCCAUGGCUUAUGAGUUACUUGCUAGAAAGUCUAUCACGCUUGUAGCUGUAAAAACAGUUCGCAAAAAUGCAGAUCCAAUGUAUAUUACUGCAUUGGCGAAGGAACUUAAAAUUAUGAUUUAUCUGGGACAACACUUGAAUAUUACAAGUCUUUUGGGAGCUUGUACAAAAAAUAUAGCCAAACGUGAACUUUUGGUGAUUGUUGAGCUUUGCAAAUUUGGAAAUCUGCAAAAUUAUCUUUUGGAUCAUCGACAAACUUUUAUUAAUCAAAUUAAAUCAGAUAAAGGUAAAAUCGGUCCUUGUAUGAGAAAAACAUCAAAUAGGACAAAAUACAAGAUAUUUAAUGAUUUCAGUGAGGUUUUGAACAGAAGUUAUAGUUCAAGCAAUGAGACCAGCAUUUACGGCACAGAGGAUCAGACAUUUGUUGGCCCUAUUGAAUUUAGUGAUGAUUUUAACGACGAUGAUUCCCAGCCAGGUUGGCGUUCUAAUUACAAAGGGGACUACGCGAAUGAAGAUGUUGCUUUUCUCUGCACUGAGGAUCUUCUUUUAUGGGCUUAUCAAGUAGCAAAUGGUAUGGAGUAUCUUUCCCAAAGAAAGGUGCUACAUUGUGACUUAGCCGCGAGAAAUAUAUUAUUGGCAGAAAAUAACAUUAUUAAGAUAUGCGAUUUUGGUCUGGCAAAGACAUUGUACAAAGACGAAAAGUACAAAAAGCAAUGCGUUGGCAAAUUGCCUGUAAAGUGGAUGGCCAUUGAGUCCAUUAGGGAUGGAGUCUUUUCCACUAUGUCAGAUGUGUGGUCAUUUGGUGUAGUUCUAUGGGAACUUUUCACCCUUGCAGACAUACCUUAUUCAGAUACAGAGUUCGAGGAGAUGUAUCAGAAAUUAGUCAGAGGAUACAGAAUGGCUCAGCCUACUUAUGCCACUGAUGAUAUGUAA